AUGCGUCUGAAUCCCAUUCUCCUUACUGCCGCUGCCGCUCUCCUUGCGAGCUGCAACACUGCCGCCGCUGCCACUGAGUUGAAGCAGACGCAGCUACCGAAGGUGACUGCCGCGGACGCGGUGCAGUCGGUCGACUCUAUUUCCGGGAAGUUGACGCGAUUCCUGAGAGGCGUCAAGACGGUCGAAGAAGAGAAGGACGAGAGUGAGGAGGACUCGGAAGAGGAGAGAAGCAUCCAGUUGAAAACAGUCGAUGACAUUCUCGCGGACAUGGAGGCGGCUGAGUCCAACAUGUUUGUUCAUCUUAGCAGCUACGACCGAGACAUCUUGACGAGAAUUGAGAACACGUCAAUUGUCUCCUCUAGACGUCGCGAGCAUUCUGAACGGGUACCCGAGCCUCUCCAGGACUGGCGCUGA